AUGGAAGCAAGCCGCCCGCCGCAAACAUGGUUGUACAUUUACGUACAACGUAGAAUUACGAAUCCAGGUAUUCGCCGUGCAACAGAAGCACGCGUUGAAGCAUCGGCGGCUGCAAUAAGAGAAGUGCUGGAGAGAGAAGGAAGCAGUAGCACUUACGGGCCUGCUGCACAGCGCUACUGGGCUAUUUCUCAUGCCCGUCAGCCCGAGGGCACCCCUAUCGAGCCUCCAACUAGUGCUUCAUUUGCGCAACUACAACGAAUUGACGCGAUGCACUCUGACAUUUCCGCUACAUUAGAUAGCAAUGGCUCGAGUCCGAGUCACCAAUUUGUGCGCGUGGCUUGCAGACUAAACGGGGGUAUUAUUCACUUGGAAUUAGACGUAGCUGAGUUGCGUCGAGCUGUUGGGAUGCCAUCCUACGAUCUAUUUCCUCCAUUUCGCCCCGAUCUUGAAGCUAUUGGUCCUACUGAGAACGUGAGUGACACUGAUCAUGUUGAACAAGCUGGCGAGUAA